CUCUAAAAAUACACCAUAUCGUGUUGCCAGGUGUUCUGUUUUAUUUGAUUGGGUUUAUUAUCAAUAGUAUUAUUUUCAGCUGACUUUAGAAAAAAAGAUUUUCAUAAGACUCGAAGAAACAGCAGCACGUUGAGUUGGUCUGUAUUUAUGAUAAAGUGUGAAGCUUGGAAGUACUUCAGUCUUUUACUUGGGUUGAUGGAGGUGGCAUUUUUUAGCAAUUGUCGAAAUGCACCGGAGGAACUGCGCGCUGUCGGCACUUUUACUCAUCAUCUGUUGCGCGGAGAAAAAAAGAACAAACUGCUUUGGGAUGUCGAUGUCAAAGCAAUUUCAUUCUUUCCCAGAGUAAGGAUGAUCUUUAGUAUUCUGGAUCUCGUGGUUUCCACGCCGUUUUCCUCUUCAAAUCGCUUAUCAUGAAGAAGCAACAACGUCCACAGUCACCGUCGGUUCCUCGUGGAAGUAUCUACGUGUGCCUGGGGAAAUGCCUGAAACAGCGUAGCAAUCGGUUGGGAGAGCACUUUGGUAUAAGUAAUACCGUGGAACCAGCAAUGUGAGAUGGCAUGAAAAAUGGCUCAACUGUACUAUAAAAGGUCUGGAAAUUCAUCCUACCGAGAUCGCAUUCCACUCCGGAUUGUUCGAGCAGAAUCUGAACUAUCUCCUGCAGAAAAGGCCUACUUAAGUGCUGUGGAAAAGGGGGAUUAUGCUAGUGUGAAGCAAGCUUUGGUAGAAGCUGAAAUUUAUUUCAAAAUUAAUAUCAACUGCAUUGACCCUCUAGGCAGGACAGCACUCCUCAUUGGUAUUGAAAAUGAAAAUCUUGAAAUCAUUGAACUCCUUCUAAGUUUUAAUGUCUAUGUAGGAGAUGCUCUUCUCCAUGCCAUUAGGAAAGAGGUUGUUGGAGCUGUUGAGCUGCUUCUCAAUCAUAAGAAACCAAGUGGAGAAAAGCAGGUUCCACCCAUCUUGUUAGACAAGCAGUUCUCAGAUUUCACUCCAGAUAUCACGCCAGUAAUUCUGGCUGCCCACACCAACAAUUAUGAAAUAAUAAAGCUAUUGGUUCAGAAGGGAGUUUCCAUACCGCAGCCUCAUGAAGUACGAUGCAACUGUGUAGAGUGUGUGUCCAGUUCAGAUGUGGACAGCCUCCGGCAUUCCAGAUCAAGGUUAAACAUUUAUAGAGCCUUGGCAAGCCCCUCUUUAAUUGCCUUAUCAAGUGAAGACCCCUUUCUAAUCGCUUUUCAGUUAAGCUGGGAGUUACAGGAAUUAAGCAAAGUGGAAAAUGAGUUCAAGUCGGAAUAUGAGGAGUUGUCCCACCAGUGUAAGCAAUUUGCAAAGGACCUGCUGGAUCAGACAAGAAGCUCACGAGAAUUAGAAAUUAUUCUUAAUUACCGAGAUAAUAGUAGUCUUUUGGAAGAGGACAGCAGCAAUGAUCUAGCACGAUUAAAGCUGGCAAUUAAGUAUCGUCAGAAAGAGUUUGUUGCUCAGCCAAACUGUCAACAGCUGCUGGCUUCUCGAUGGUAUGAUGAGUUUCCUGGGUGGAGAAGACGCCACUGGGCAGGAAAAUUUUUGACAUGUAUUUUGAUAGGAAUCAUGUUUCCAGUAUUCUCUCUGUGUUAUUUGCUGGCCCCCAAAAGCAGAUUUGGACUGUUCAUUAGAAAGCCAUUUAUCAAAUUUAUAUGUCACACAGCAUCAUACUUGACUUUCUUAUUUUUGCUACUUCUGGCUUCACAACGCAUUGUCAACACUGACCCAAAUAUACAUGGACCAGCACCAACUGUUGUGGAGUGGAUGAUUCUUCCUUGGGUUUUAGGAUUUAUAUGGGCUGAGAUAAAGCAAAUGUGGGAUGGCGGACUUCAGGAUUACAUGCAUGACUGGUGGAAUCUAAUGGAUUUCUUAAUGAACUCAUUGUAUCUUGCAACAAUUUCUCUUAAAAUUGUUGCAUAUAUAAAGCACAAUGGGUUAACGAAACGGGCAGAUUGGGACAUGUGGCAUCCAACUCUCAUGGCAGAGGCUUUUUUUGCCAUUGCAAAUAUUUUUAGCUCUCUGAGGUUAAUUUCUCUGUUUACAGCAAACUCCCAUCUUGGACCUCUACAGAUAUCACUUGGAAGAAUGUUACUAGAUAUCUUAAAAUUUUUAUUCAUAUAUUGCUUGGUACUGCUAGCCUUUGCAAAUGGAUUAAAUCAAUUGUACUUUUACUAUGAAACUAAUGCAAAUGAUACAACUUUAGUCUGUAAAGGAAUAAGAUGUGAAAAGCAAAACAACGCAUUUUCAACGUUGUUUGAGACACUACAGUCCUUAUUCUGGUCCAUAUUUGGGUUAAUUGGUCUGCAUGUAACAAAUGUUGAAGCAAAGCAUGAGUUUACAGAAUUUGUUGGGGCUACAAUGUUUGGAACAUAUAAUGUGAUUUCACUUGUAGUCCUCCUAAAUAUGUUAAUUGCCAUGAUGAACAAUUCAUAUCAGCUUAUUGCAGAUCAUGCAGAUAUUGAGUGGAAAUUUGCAAGGACAAAACUUUGGAUGAGUUAUUUUGAAGAAGGCGGAACAUUACCUCCACCAUUUAAUAUCAUUCCAAGCCCUAAAUCAGUUUGGCACUUGUUGAAAUGGAUCAAGAGACAUGUGUGUAAAGUGAAAAUCACAAAAAGGCCAGAGAGUCUUGGAUCUCUUGGAAGACGAGCAGCCGGAAAUUUAAGAAAAAACCAUGAAUACCAGGAUGUUAUGAAGAAUUUGGUAAAACGAUAUGUUGCAGCCAUGAUUAGAGAUGCAAAAACAGAAGAAGGCCUCACAGAAGAAAACUUCAAGGAAUUGAAACAAGACAUUUCAAGCUUCAGAUAUGAAGUUCUUGGACUAUUAAAAGGAAACAAAGGUACAAAAUUUAGCUCUGGGGCUUCAAGCGUGAGUGAUGUUGAUGAAACUUUUAAGCAUGACCCGCUUGUCAGUGAAGAAAAACCGAAGUGUAAACUUCAUCUUUUUAAUGUGACAUCCUUGUUACAGCAAAGGCCUUUAUCUAAAGUUCCAGAGUCCUAUAAUGGUAUUGUCAAUGGUUCUGCACUUUUGGUCUCAGAAACGGUAAAAGAAAAGCAGCAGAAAAGAGAUUUUCACAAAGACAUUUCACAAUUUGGGCUGUUUCAAAGACAGACAAAAUUAAGUAGCACAGACCAGUACACAAAUAGAAUAUAUUCCGUCUCUGAGGAAAUCGGUGAAUAUGAACUUGACGAACCAUUUUCUGAUAUAAAUGCAGUGGAAGCAGACAAAUCAUUGACAAGCUGUGAAUCAGACAAACAAUUACAAGGGUCUGCUAAUGAACACAAACCAUCUUCUGGUGGUAGUCCCUGUUUCUCCUCUAAGAUAACUACAGAAAGCAGGACACACUCAGAAGACGAAAAGGACUUGUCUUUGUAGAAGUAUGGCUGUGAUAGUAAAUUGUGACAAUGAUAUCUCCUGUGUAUAUGGAGAUUGUAUUUAUUGUACAUGCACUAUAUACUAACUAAGAUCCUUUGUGGCUAUAAAUUAUGAAACAGUUGUUUCUUUUAUAUAAUUUAUAGUUUAAACAAGCCUCGGCUCUAUUAAUGAUAUUUGCCACCAGAUAUCUAAAAUCUGUUGCUGUAUCAUAUAGGUUGCUACUGUACUGUAAAACAGUACUAUAAUAAAGGAGCCAAUGCGGAAUUUGCAUUUUUAUGUCCUAAUGGAAUUGCUUAGUAAACUUUCCCACAAAUACUAUGGUUCUCUGUUGAUUUUGUAAAAUGACAAAUCAUGUGUGCUAAUUAAAAGUUAUUUUUAUCUGCUAUAAGAA